AUUACUGGGACAAAAUUCACAUCUUUGUAACUUUGUGAACUGAAGGAUGGUGAUUCAUUCAACAUCAUCAUAAAGCAAGAAGAUUCAAUCCACCUUCUUAAUUUCGCAGUCAGAUCUUACCACCCGCGCCAACUUUCCCAUCAAUCUCUGGUGUAUUACUGAAGCAAUUAAUGGAAUAAGUGAGUAAUGGCUGCAGCUGAAGCAAGAGCAGCAUGGCAGCGAACUGCAAACCGUUGUUUUGUCCAAGAAGAUGCAAAAAGAGCUCCCAAAUUAGCAUGCGUCCCUCCAGCAGCAUCCUCGUCUUCAUUGUUUAAACAAGCCGACACUACUAGACCUACUACAAAUGGGAAUGGGAAUGGGAAUGGGGUGGACGAUUUAGCCCCUCCCACUGCCAACUCCAUGUACUCAAAUCUCUCUUCAGACUCAAGGUGGUGGCUUCAUUUGCAGCCUAACCCUAGUAACUAUAUGUACCAAAAGGAACAGGUCAGCAGCAGCACAUUGGAAUUUGUCGACAUUAUGGAUUCUCAAUCAAGUGUGAAGGGUUGUAGUUGUAAUUUAGGGGAAGAGUCUUAUGAGUUUGUGGAGAUGGAUUCUGGUUCUAAACAAGUGGAUGAGUUCAGUUUGGGGUCUGAAUUCCCUCACUGGAUGGAAAGGGAGAAUGAGGAGCUGCCAUUGCCAUGGUGGCACAAAGAUGACCUGGCAUCCUUUGUGGCACAGAGAUCACAAGAUUUCAUGGAGAAUUGUGAUCUUCCUCAGCCUCAAAGUCAAAACACAAGUUUCACCUGUUUUGGACUUUCAAAGCCACAAAAUUCAGCAAGCGUCCAUGGUAUUGCUGUCAGCCCUUUAAGUACUACUACUACAGUAGUGGUUGAUGAAGGAGGUGAGAUGGAUCCAAGCAAGCGUAAGCUGUUAGAAGCACUCUGUCAUUCUCAAACACGAGCAAGGGAAGCAGAAAAAGCAGCAAAACAGGCUUACGAGGAGAAACAACAUGUUGUGAAGCUCAUAUUCAAACAAGCUUCUCAGUUAUUCGCAUAUAAGCAAUGGCUCUAUCUUCUACAACUUGAGAAUCUUUAUAACCAAAUCAAAGCAAACAAGAUCCCAUCAGAUUCUCCAUGGAACGUGCCUCCUCGAAAGAAACCUGCCAAGAGGAAAACACCCAAACCAGGUUACAAAGAUGAUGAUGAUGAUGAUGAUAUAAUCGGUAAGUAUGCUGUGGCUUUUGCUGUUGGAUUAGGGCUUGUUGGUGCAGGUUUGCUUCUUGGGUGGACUGUUGGUUGGAUGUUUAUCAUUUAGUAUGUUUCAAGCAAUUGUAAGACCUAGUGUACAAAACUUGUUUUCUUCCAAUUCUUAGCUACCAGACUGCAGUAUAUAAAUAUAGUUUUUGUAACGAGUUUGCAGUUAAACUCUUGUGUUCAUCAUGUGUCACAAUCUCAUAUAUGGAUAAUCGUAUUAGUAACUUCCAAUCAAUUAGUCUCUAUUUGCCAAGUCAUGUACAUAUAUAAAGAUCUCCCCAUCUUCUCAUGUAGCCAU